GUUAACGAGAGAUAAACCUAUAAAGUUUUGGUUAUGUUUAUUUAGUUUUAAACAAAUACGUAUUUGUUUGCUCACAGGCUAGAAGUGGGUCACGGCGGCGUUUACGUCACUAACCGUUUGUUCAUUGCCCAUAGUGACAGUUUUCAACAAGAAAGAGAAAAUGUGACUUCCGCAUCCGUUAUUUAGUUUCGCGGGAUUAGCGCGUAAAAGCUAACAUUAGCGUUAAAUGGUAGUAAACCGUUGCCAAGAUGUCGCCCGGCGAAAUUACGCCGUCCCUUUGAACACGUUUGUUAUUUCUGUAAACCUAUGCGUAAUAUUUGCGUAGUAAGAUAGUAUUUCUUACGUGUUGUCACUGGAAUAACAAUAGUAAACCAGACACAAAUAUGUCAUUGCUGACCACGCUCGAGCAAACCAUCAAACUAUACAAAGCUGAGCAAACCAAGAUUAAUGACAGUAUUCAACACUACAGAGAAAUACUACAAGCGUUAACACCCCAACCAGAACCCACAUCUGAAGGAUCACAAUGUGCCCAUAAUUCUACAGCAGACACAUAUACCUCACCGGAGGAAAAGGAAGAUCUGGAAUUGCUUGAGAGAGCACUGGAGAAAGCUCUUCAGGUCCGCACUGCUUCAGAAGUUUCUGAAAAAGACCCCAAAAGAAGCAAGCAGGCUGUACCUAGAACAGAACCAGGUGCUGCAAGCGCCUCAUGCAAAGAUGGAAUCCAGUCGUCAGCGCCAAUUCAAAAAACUGUCCGAUCUAAGUCUGCUAUCAUUGACAGGAAAUUGCCUAAAAAGCCUGGGUCAUUAACAGUAGUGUCAAAACCUUCAGCUGGACAGUCUAAAACCAUAAAUAAUAAAAAGGGAAUCCAGAAUCGUCCUGCCUCAUCAAUUAAAGUUGUGCAACACCAGGGAGAAAGGAAAUCACAGCAGGCUGGUUCAGCUCAUUCCUCCAUUGCUCACACCUCAACAUUACACUCCAAAAACACAACUAUUCGAAGUAAAAGAGAUGAUAAACCGGACGAAGAUGCCACCACCUCUAGAGGACCUCAUUCACACACUGAUGAAUUAGGGGCUUCGAGCUUGCCUCCACAAGACUGGAAACCGACUGAGCAGAAAAAAGAAAAUAGAAUUUCCAUAGAAAAAUGGAAAUCUCUAAGGAUGAGGCAAAACAGGUUGUGGGACAAAGUCAAUGCUCUGCAAAAGAAGCCUGUGCCUGAGAGGAGUCACUUCAUAGAGCGAAUGAGAGCUACGUUCCCGAAGGAUUGGCCAAGCGGAAGUCCAGAUCAGAUCAGGGCUCUGGUCGACAGACUGACUCACCAAGGCCGUGACCUCAUCCAGCACUGCCAGACAAAGAAGCUGCUGGCCAAAUACGCCUCUGAAGGGACCACAGAGCUGGCAGCAGAAAAUGGGAAUGAUAGUGAUCAAGCACUUGAAAGCUUGCAAAAGACAGCAGAAGAAAUCCAGGACUGUGCUCACCAAGUCAAAAAAGAGUGGGAAGCAUGGGAUCGAUGGAAGCCAGAGGGAGGUUGUCUUUUCCCCACUGGGGCAAAUACCAUGUGGGGAGUUGAGGCUAUUGCACCUCUGCCGCCGACUAUAACUUACACAAGCGAGGAAGAGCUCAGGGAGCUGGAGAGUCUGAGGAUGCGAGUGGCACUGCUGCAACAACAGGUUUACCUUGAACAGGCUCUGUCGGACACCCUGUCCCCUCAGCUCUCCUCUUUAUUAGCUGGACCUGGAUGUCCUAAAUCCAGUGUCCUGAGAGAUUUAUACUCCCUGCUUGGUGAAGGGGGCGAACGUUUUCCUUCUACAGUCCUGGACUGCGACACUGAUUGACCAUACAGAUGUGCCCUGUCCUGCCCUAUUGACAAUACUAUACAAUAAAAUAAAAUAACAUUUUGCUAAAACAGCUUAUCUUAUUUCAACUCCAUGCAUGAAUGUUAUGGAAAUGUUUUGCAACUUAGCCAAAGCCAGUAGAGGGCGCCCACAGAUCUGUGACCACCAUAUGACUUUUUCAUAUAAUAACCAGCAAUGUGUUGGUAAUCAGUGUCAGUGCUGUGGAUUUGUUUUCUGUUUUAAUCCUGGCUUUCACUGAACUCAUGACUUCAGACUAAUUCUCCACAUGGUUCCGUUUUUAGACUAUCUGCCAAAUAUGUAUAAAAGAUAACACAUUUGGGGCCAGUUCACUCUAGAAUGAAAGAAGCUGUGCCUCGGUGUAGGGAGAUGUCUCAAAGGUUUGUGCCCACAGAUGACGCGUAGAUGGCACGGGCUUUGCCAGACUGGACAACAGGUGGCGCUGGGUUCACACAGCAGGACGUGGGUGUUUGAGCCGUGCUGCACCAACCCUCGUGCACACAAACACAGGGACAUGCACCUCCAGAGCUAGCUGAGUCACAACCACGAUGCGUAAGGGGACCUGCUUCCCUGGCAGGAUGAACAAAAGCGGGCUACGUUUUAUAGCUCAGUAACUCACAUUCCUUUUUUUUUUUUUUUUUUUUUUUUAAAUCGAGCACUUCCAUUUCAGCAGGGCCCCCACUGUUGUGACACCAACUGGCUCAUUCGUCAAGAAUUGCAGCCAAGUCAUCUGUAGGGGACUGUAGCAAUGUCCCUCAAGACUCUGCCUCAUCCAUACAGUCUUGGAUCAGUUUGUGUGAAGGAAGUAAAGGAAGGAAGCAUCUUGGAGCUCACGUCAACACAACACACAGGUCCAUGUGGGAGUGGUGUCUUGGCAGCCCAGCCUUCCUGUGACCUGUCUACAUCAGCUGCUGCCUGGCUCUGACCGUCACCAGCACAGCGCCUCCACUCCCCCCAGCAUGGCCUGGCCCUGCCCAUGUUAUCCCUGUCUCACACCCUCAUCAUGGAUGAGCAUGUUAGUCUGAUGGAGUCGACAUCAACUGACACGUUCCUGGAAGCACAGGUGGAGAAGAAGCAGCAAUCAAGCUCUUCAUUUCCACUGCUGCUAUCAAAACUGUAAGCUAAAAACUUUAUUAUUAUAUAUAAAAAUAUAAUAUAUUUGUGAGUAUAAAUAUAUAAAUUAAAUUUUACUGAUUGGCUUUAAUUAAAAGUCUGCUGAAUGUGAGAUUUGUUGGGUUUUUGUUGUGUGAAGUAUGUUGAGAUAACCUUUGUUGUGAUUUGCGCUAUAUAAAUAAAACUGAAUUGAAUAUUUUUCCUGCCUUUUUAGUCACAGUGGAAAUCAUUGCAGUUUUACUUUCCAUGGAAAACUGAUCUGCACUCCUGUAUGCCUCAUAUACAGAGAAGUUUGAUUUUGUCAAGCACUUUUGCCUUUCACAAGCAAAUUCCUUCCGACUUUUUCACCUUUUUGCUUUUCAGACUUUGUGCAUUGCAGCACCAGGGUAAAAAUCCACAGAAACCGAACAGUGCUACCAAGAAUCCACUUCUCUCCUUCAAAAGCCAUUGCUCUUGAAGGUCUCUUUUCUCCUGCAGCCCCGCCCCUCGCAAACAUUCCUCGCUUGCCCUCUUUUACUUGUCUUUGGCUCAUGUGCAAAUCUGUUGCAGAUUGAGGUGAAGUAAAGAUCAUAACAUCAGGAUGGUCAUCAAACACGACAUAAUGGUUCAUAUUGAGUUAAAUUCCCACCAUUUAAAUGGUCUAUACUCAUCUUUUCUACAAAAACAAGACCAGGAGCAGUUGUCUCGUGCAGCCAUUUAUCUGAAAAUAAUAGGUGUCUUAAUGUGGUGGUAAUUUGCCUUGUUGACUCUAGAGCAGGAAUCUAUUGAUCUAAUUAGGAGUAGAAAACCUGUUACUAUAUGAAAGCAUUCUGACAUAAUGGGUUUACAAAAGGAUAAUUUUCAAAUUAAUUAAUCUAAUGUGAAAUCUUACGAUUACUACUUAGACUCUUAGAUAGAAGGGAUACACUGGAGGAUUAUAUACUAUUAGGUUGUCUUACAUUCAAAAGGAUUGGCACCAGUCAUGGGUGUGUGGGUGGGGAAUGAGUGGGGGCUGCCCGUGUUGUUUAUGAGUAUGUUUCUGUCAUGUGUGGGCAGGCUCAAUGUUUGCACCUUCAUUAUGGAGGGACUAUAUAUUCAAUAUCCUCCCACAAACCAGUACAGCACAUGCAGGUGUCUGCUUGCAAAUAAAAGGAGGAUGGUGUGGGUGGGUGUAGGAUCUCAGUUCAAUAUUGAUUCCCAUGCCAAAUCUUUAGGGUGCAAAACCAUCGUCAUUCCAGUAUCAUUGCCAUCCGAGGUGACAUAUCUGUAGUGUUGCAGGGUACAUUGAGAUUCUCUCAUCAAUUAUCUUUCUAUUUUGAGAUGAUGAGGGAUUCCCUUCCUUCAAAUCCAGCAAGCAGCAUGGUUCUGGAUUUAUACUACAAGAAAAGAAAAAAAAAACUGCAAUUCAUGGGUAGUGAUGGGAAGAUGAAUAAAAGGGGAGCAGUUAACUCCUCUCCCCUCCCCCUUCCUGUGCUCCAUCAACCCCUAUUCUCCCUACUUUUAUGCCUGACGUCAUACUAAAGAUGGCCAAUCAGAGCCGUUGGACUUCCCUGUUUUUUUUACUUGGCUCCUCCCUCUUGCCAUGGUCGUAUAUAUUCCUCGUCAGUAUGUUCAGCAGAGUGUACAAUGUGCUGCCAGCGAGCAAGCAGGCAGUGUGCAGAGAACGAGCCUCACACGGAGGCAGACAAGGGAAAAGUGUGAGAGGAUUUCAGCGCUGGCGUAGAAGCCUUCAUCUGAUACGCUCCAGCUAUUCCUGCCCAGGACAUUUCACUGCUCUGAAGUAGACCUUCUCCUCUUCUCCCAGUCUUUUUCUUCAAGACAACAACUGACUUCACGCGGGAUCCAAGACACCAACACUGCAGCCUGAUUCCAGGAACCAGUCCGCAGCGUCAUUAUGGGCUGUACAACGGGCCACUUGGCUUGCCCGCCUCAGUCCCAGAACAAUUUGGGGCAGGAGGGCCAGUCCCUGGAGGCCGGCAGCGCUAAAGUUCCUGAGGUCCUCUCAUCUCUGGAGCGCCUGUCCCAGGCCACUGGAGGCAUGGAAAAGUCCUGGUACCGCUGCGUCUUUCCAUUCGGAAUUAUUUCUUUGGUGAUCGGUGUGGCAGGAACAGGGGUAACCUACACCUAUAAUGACCUGCCUCAGACUAAAGUUGUGUCGGUGGUGCUGCUCGUCAUGGGCCUCGUACUGUUGUCGAUGGCCACAGCUUGUUGGACUGUGCACAAGAAGAAGAGGAGGAAAAAGAAAGAAGGGGGUUCCUUCACCUCUGAGCAGUGUCCCCUGUGAAGCACAUGGGGGGAAAGAAAGGGAGUUUGAAAGCAGUGACGUACCCAGGGCUUGGAAUACAAAAGUUGACUUUGCUUCCUGACAAAAUCCUUCAUUCUUUAUUGUAGAUUUUGGCUCAGCUCAUACUGGAGAGAAAUAUGGGUUGAGAAAUGCCAAGAAUUUGGAAGGACCUGCAAAACACCAAGGGUCUCUUAAUGUGUAGUGUUUGGACCAGCGUGUAUUAGAAAGGAGGGAUCUCCAAGGCUCCAGACAGUAUCCGCAGGUGUCCAGUGUCAAAACAACCUCAGAGGAGACACACAAAUAUGCGUCACACAUCGCAUGCAUUUUUACCUGCACGGAUACGUCGCCCUCAGUCCUCAGCCACAGAUGCCCCGGCAGCCGCAGCGGGAGCCUGCGCAGACGCCUAGCAUGCUAUGUGGAGCUGCUGCCGGACUCAGCGCUGGCGUCACUAGACACGUCAGUCACAGCAUUCCUCCCGCCAGGACAGGUGACUCUCCAAGAGGCCAGAAGUGGGCCAAAGACAGCAACCUGACACCCAGCUGAAAACGAAGCGCGGCCCACGUCAGCAGCCAACGUCAUUCGCUCGUCCUGUGACACCGCAGCAAUGUGUUGGGGGCUUUUUUACGCAACGAGAGAGUGGAACUUGAGUCCAGCAGGAUCUUGGUGGCAUCCGUGCGGACGGUGUGCUUGCGAGGGCAGCUGAUUUGCUGCUGGACUCAGGAUCGCUCCUAAUGAACGUGAAGUUUGCACACAUGACCGUGUCACCGCCAAGCAAGAGGAACUCUUCAGGAAGACUUUUGUAGUUUAACAGAGGGGGGGGGGGGGGGGGGGGUGCUGGCUCUCAGGCCGACUGACUUGCCCCCUGUCAGUGUGCAAGCAUUCAUGCCUUGUGUGUGUGUGUGGGGGGGGGGUACCCCAAGUCUGCACACACCCAGGCCAGGAUUACUGAAGGACAUGGCCUGAGGGGACAUGCCAGUGCAGGGACGCUCUGACUUAUCCUGCUCUCCUACGGCCCCUCCCGCUUGGUGCCUUGAGCAAGCGCUCAUGGAAAAAGGCUCUUUCGCACGCUCCCGUUUCCAUCUGAACUCCAGAGAAUUUCCCCCCUUGUUCUCUCUCUUCACCCCAACAAGAUCCUCCUUAUCUAUCCUAUUUGACCUAAUCUCAUUACUGUGCCCUCUGUGAUGUAAUCCAAGAGGACGCGACUACAGUGUUUUUAUACGUCAGACACACCAGUACCGUUCAAUGUAAUGCCUGCGCUCAGAUUUGUGUUUGGUCACUGUGUGCCAAAGAAAGUUGCUUGCUUUCCCUUUCUAAAUAGUCAAAAGUGUGUAAAAAGAGAAUGAAUGGUGAAUCCUUCUGUCACGAUGAGAAGACACGUACUUGUGCUGCUCAUGUUUGCGUUCUAGGGAAUUCUGGGGUUUCUGUUUGCGUUUUGAAUGUAACUGUGCUCAGCUUCUCGUCUGUGAAUAGAUGCUUUCUGCUUUCUGAUUGUGGUCUUGCGGGAUGAGACGCACAAUGGCAUUUUAUUUUUUUGUCUUAAACAAUGGCAUUUCUAUUACUCAUUCUCAUGGCAUGACAAAAGAAAACUACAAAUCAGAGAAAACUGAGAUGUACAGAAUGUAUUGAAAUGAAAAGAGAAACUGUCACUGAUCAUUUCUGGCUCCCAGAUCUGUGACGCUUGUCGCUGAGUAAUGUGUCUAUGCAUCCAGAGGUAGCAGUUUAACACACAAUGCCAAAGACUACCCAGACCCACCCAACAAGCAUCACUCAAUGAUGUCCAUCAUCAUAUGUGUGUGUGAUGUGAUGCCCAGGCAGCAGUGAAAAUGCCAUGUUAAGCCACUAAUGUGGAUCAGUUUAUACUGUGUUCUAUAAAGCUGAUGUUAAAUGCUCAUGAAGAGUAUUACAGCCUGAGCAGUGAGACAAGAGAGAAGAUGCAGUGUUCCAUUACAGCAGUAUAUUACAGUUGCGGCAUCGCCGACUGUCUCGUUUCCCUGUUUCUAUACAGAUGUCUUCACUCUGGCUAAUGUUUGCUCUAAUCAGAGUUACUCAGAGGGACGGAGGUGGGGUUUGUAGGGUUUCAAUGUACCGCAGAUGCACAAAACGAACCAUGUGGAACUAUGUUCAUAGUCAGUUAUGAUUAAAAACGUGAAUUGCAUCAUUGGGAAGGGACACACAAGAGCUAUAGAUGGGUUUGGAUGGUGUUGCUGCCUGGUCAAAUGUGGUGUUUUUCUGAGAGAAAGACAUUUUGUGGCAAUAAUCAAGAGGAGAGAAACUAAAAAAAAAAAACCAAGUGAGGUAACACUGUUACUACCAUCAGAUUCCCUAUGUACAUUGUAGCUGCAUAGGUGUGCUGUUUUCAACUUAUGUUGUGCCAGUAUGUUGAGGUGGUUCCUAGAAUUUGCUUGUUAGAGAUGUGAAGUGAUUUCCCUCCUGCCUUCUUAAAAAAAACAAAAAAAAAAACAAACAAACGGAAAUCUACCUCUCUGCUGUGGGGGUGACAUCCCUGCCUAUGCUGGUCAUCACUCCUGUGAGUGACUCAAAAUAUUUUAUGUGCCCUAAAAUAUUUGGUGCUGUAAAUACAGUUUUAUAUUUGUACUAUAUAUUUCUACAUAUGUGUAAAUUCUAAUUGUUGAAUUAAAUAAAUGUUAUGUGAUUAA